AUGUUGAGAUCGGGCGCGAGGCACCCGGAUGCUGACGAUACCGCUACACCGGUAGCGUCGACGUCCACGUCAAAAGUGCGCGCCCCUGAAGAGGAGGCGCAGGAUCUGUACAAUAAACUAAAUGAGUAUCUGCUGUUGGAGCACAAGUUCCAGCCCAGAUUGUGUCUGCCUGCUGAAUCUAAGAAUGCUGAGGUGACAACGGGCGCCAGAGACGGCGCGGCCCACGUGCUGCGCUGUCUCAAAGCGUGGUACGACCUGCCACCUGAAGUUCUCAUUAACGCCAUCAACUUGUUCGACAGGUUCCUGACCAAAAUGAAGGUGCGUCCAUGCCACGUGCCUUGCAUCACUGUGUCCUGUAUGAACAUCGCUUUAGAACAAUUUGCGCACGACACCAACACCAAGAGAAGCAUUUCUGUCGAGGAGUUAGUAUCCAUCUCCCAGUCUGCGUGCACAGCAGGCGAUGUUUGCCGCAUGUCUCGCGUCAUAGUCGACAAACUGAGUCUGGUGGCUGGCUGUACUGUCUCUGCAUUAGAUUGGCUUCGACUCCUGCGUGGGAUGCUGCUGUUGCACGCUGAACAACUGGGUAUUGAGCUACCUGGUUUAAGUUCUGAACAGGAGUUGGUACAUUUGUUAGAGAUUGUGUCUUGUGAUGCUGCGUGUGUCAACGCUAGAACCAGUGAACUGACAUUAGUGUUGCUAUACCAUAAACUUGAACAACAACUAUCGGAGUGGUCUGCAUCGAACGGUGUGGAGAGUGAACACGCCUACUAUUUGUACGACUUCGCUAGACAACUGCAGGUGCAUUGCCACAUGUGCGACACGUCGCUGGGCGCGUGCCGCGCGCGCGUGCGCCACGUGGUGUCGCGCUACGAGCGCUGCGAGGCGCGCCGCGACCAGCGCCAGCGCCUCGUGUGGAGGCUCUCCGAGCGGACGCUCAAGGUACUUCGACCCACGGACCGUUUGACCUCUUUACUUCCGACCAUAGAAGAGCAGCAUUUCCAAGUUGACGUCACGCCUACCAGGAACAGAUCAGGCAGUGAGAGUAGCGAGAAUGAAGAAACAUCAGAUUGGCCGCGCAGUCCCGUCCUCCCGGUGUACUGCGACAGCUAA